GCCAAAUGACGCUGUAGUAAUGCCUUGCGCCUCAGGCAUCCGUACACUAUCGAUAAGAAUUUGCGCCCGCCGCAUCCCCGCUGGCCAUCAGCCACAAUUGGAACCAAUCAUUCUUUCAACAAUCCACAUCUCGCGUUUCCUGAGCCUAUCUCAGUCUAUAAAAUCCAUAUUCAUACCUCAUCAUGUCUGCUACGAAGACCGCGCCCGCUGGACGGCAAGUCAAUGUCCUUUUCGUUUGCCUAGGCAAUAUCUGCCGCUCUCCCAUGGCUGAAGGAGUCUUCCGACACGUGGCUGCCUCUCAUCCCUUGAUUGACAGGAUAGAUUCGGCUGGUACUGGUGCUUACCAUGCCGGUGAGUCCCCAGACCAUCGGACCAUGACUACACUCCGAAGCCACGGGAUCACAAGAUACGUGCACGCCGCACGCAAGGUCACCAAGGAGGACUUCUUGACAUUCGAUUACCUCAUGGCGAUGGACAAAUACAACCUCCGCGACCUUCAAGAGACCCGCGAGUCGGUUCUGGCGUCGGCAAAAAAGUCUGGCGCCAAGGUCGCGGAGGUUCGCUUGUUCGGUGAUUUCGGACCGGGCGGAGCCUUGCACGAGCGGAUCGGAGGAGGCGAGGUGGUUCAGGACCCUUACUAUGGUGGUGUCAAUGGUUUUAAAGAGGUGUAUGAGCAAGUAACUCGGUUCUCGCAGAACUUCAUUGAUUACCUUGAGAAGAACCAAGGAUCCGAGUCGGAGAACUAGAGAUGGGUAAUGAGAUGCAUGAAGUUCACAAGGCCCGUCACAUUGAGGCUACAGAGCACCGGCUUUUUUAUCAACUUGUGAGUUAGUAUUACCAUAGACUACUUUUGCUUUGAGCGGGAUAGAUUGGAGCGAAUGUCGAUGCGGUUGAUCGACUACACAUGGGUGGAUAAAUAUAGUACAGUAUAGAAGAUGAA